AUGACCAUCCAUAAAAUGCCCUUCAAACAUAAUCAUUAUCAUCAUCAUCACUUAUACCCUAAAAAAUUAAUCAAUGCCUACUCAUACCGUAGACAUAUUCAUAUCGUUCCUGCUCCUGCAUUCUCAUUACCUCCUCUAUCAUCAUCAUCAUCAUCAUCAUCAUCAUCCAUAGUCUCAGCACCUUCGCCCAUACAACAAGACCAAGACCAAAACCAAAACCAAAACCAAGACCAACAACAACAACAACCGAACAUCAUACCCCCAUCUUUUACAUCUCUCCCAGGUUCACUUCUUAGAGUUGUACUUCCACCAUCAACUACUCUUCAUUCUCGUAAAUCUGCUCUUCUUGCAUUCUUCCCUCACUCACAGGCUUCUACAAACCUAGCUUCUUCACUCUCCCUUUCACCACCAACUGCCCCAGGUAUUGGUGCUCUUUCUGCUACACAUACUUCUUCAGGUCCUGCUACUUUAUUACUUAAAGGUACUUCUUCAAGUUCUGCAAAUACUGUUUUAACUCUAGAUGGUAAAGCUGAUUGGGUUUUAACUCAAAAUGCAACUGUUCAAGCUUACCUUGCAACUUCUAGUGAACUUUUCUUUUCAUCAAAAUCUUCAACAUCUUUGGGGAAAACUACAAUUGUAACUGGAAGAGGUCUUUUAGCUUUAGCAACAAAAUCUUUUUCAAAAAAAAAUAAUUCUUCGCCUGCUGUUUAUAAGGUUGAGUUGGCAGAAAACGAAUCAUUAGUCAUUUCUAAACCUGCUCUUCUAGCCUAUCUCGCCCUUUCUCCUAAUGGACCAAGUAUUGUUCCAGAAACCCUUCACAAGUCACUACCUUCUUCUUCAUCAUCAUCUCUUCCUUCUCCUCAACAACAACAACAACAACAAUCUAAACCUUCAGUCAUCUCUAACUGGUUUUCUUCUAAACUUCCAUCUCUUCCUAAAUUACCCAAAUUACCUAAAUUACCUAAAUUACCCUCUCUUCCUACCCUUUGGCCCAAAUCAACUUCUCUUCCAUAUGUUCGUAUCCAUGGCCCAACAACUCUUCUUUUAACAUCUGUUCCAACACCUCCUCUUUCCUUCUUUUCUUUUGUCUCAAGUCUUUCUUCUAAUGUUUCUUCAAUCAUCUCAUCUUCCUGGUCUUUCUUCAUAUCAACAAUUAUCGCACCAUUAUGGCCUUCAAUUGCCCAAAAUUUACCUUCAAAAUCAAUCUUAUCUCAAUCUCAAUUGAUCGAACUUAAAGCUGCUCAACUAUUAGCUGCCUCCCAAAAAACGGUCUUCCCAACCCCUCCAUUGACUCCUAAAACUCAACUCAAAAUCAUUACUGUUACAAAUGGGAAAGCCUCUCCCUUCAAAAGUGUAGACUCAUUUAAUGAAUUGCUUUAA